AAAAUAUUCAAGAUCCUUAAAGUUUUAAUAAUUAAUUCUAUAUAUAAGUAUAUAUACAUUAAUGAAAUAAUAUAAUUUAAAAAUUGUUCGUGUGGAACAAAAUGAAACUUGAAUAAAUAUUUAAUUAAUUAUUUUCUCUUAAGACGGCUUAACUAAUUAACAGAUAACGAAAUUAUAGGAACAUUGUUAUCUCACAGAAAUUGGCGCCAAAAUACAAUCACAUCAAUACAAUGACAUCGUGUCUAUCAGUAUUCACUAUUUAGUGCCUUUAUAGAUCACCUAUUCUUGAAAAUUGUAUUGUUUUGUUCAUUAGUUCGUCAAACUCUUAUUAUUCUUGUAUCGUAUUUGAAAAUAAGUGCAAGUUUUGUAAGUAUUAACAAAUAAUGUUUGAUAUUAAUAAUAGUUCGUACUUUCCAUUUUUCUUAAGUCUUCUCUUUUGCCUUCAUCUCAUAUAUUUGUGAUCAGACACCCUGAUCUUUAACUUUCACCAGACCCAAUCUACCUCAUCAUCUUUAUAUACACCAGCCAUCCUCAUAUUAUCACCUUAGUAUGUUUUUAAAGCCUUUUAAUUAUAUAGUAAAUAAAUAUAUAAAUUACAAAUUUAAAUACAAAAAUAAAAAAUAAAUAAAUUAAUGAAUGCGUUGCCUGAAGUAUGAUAAAUGUAUUAUACAACCGGUUCCGAAUUAAAAAUUCAUCAUCAGGUAUAUCAUAGUAAAAAUUUAAAACGCAACUGAAUAUAAAAAAUUAAACGUAGGAAUACAUUGAAAAAUAAUUAUACAAAUUGGUUGUUUUACAUAGAAAUAACUUAUUUUAAUAGGAGAGAUUAUUUCAAAUGGGUUAUUAUUAGACAUAGAUAUGUUGAUAUAUAUAAAAUGUUUGUACAAAUCUAUUUUAAAAAUAAUAUCUUAUAUCAAUACAUUUUAGAUAAUAAAUAAUAACUAAAUUUUAUUAAUAUAACUAAUAUUUUUUACAUAUCGAUGUCUAAUAAUAACCCAUUUGAAAUAGUCUCUCUUAUUAAAAUAAAUUAUAUCUAUGUAAAACAACCAAUUUGUAUAAUUUUUUUCUAUGUAUUCCUUCAUUUAAUUAUUUAUAUUCAGUCGCCUUUUACAUUUUAACUGAUAUACCUGAUGAUGAAUUUAUAAUUCGAAACUGGUCAUAUAAUACACUUAUCACAGUAUAACAGAUAACUCAUUCAUUUAUUUAUUUUAUAUUUAUAUUUUUAUUUAUGAGUAUUAACCAUUUUAAUAAUUUCGUUUUUACUUUAUUAUUUUAUUACUUUUAAUUAUGUUACUUACAUUUUUAAUUAAAUUACGUAUUAUAAAAAUGGAUUUAAAAAAAAAAAAUGAAAAAUAACUGCUGUUUAAUACUUAGUAUAGAGUUAGGUAGGUACGUACUUAAGUAGUUUAAUAAUUUUAUAAGCAGUUCAAUUUGGUACAGCUAACUGUCUAAAUAUUAAAAUAAGAACAUUAUAUUUUCUUUUAGAUUCUGAGUGAUAUGAGAUGUAGGGUGAUAAAAUAUUUUGAGGGGCUGUAGCCCCAUUGUAUAUAAUGUGGACUAAAAUUCUGAAUUAUGGGUGGGCGAUUGUCCAUAUUAGACCAAGAAAUUAUUUUUUAGUUAAAUAUUAUAUUAAAAUAAUUGUAUACUUAUAGAAACUUGGAGCAUUUAUAUUAAAAUAUAACUAAAUUACUAAUAACAAAAGUAAGUAAAAUAAACAAUGGUUUGAAAUUUGUAGUUACCCAUAUUAAAUAAUAAAUUUCAAAUAUUUUUUCAGAACAAUGGUUGUUUUAUUAAAAAUAUUUAUAUUUUUUAUGAAAUUUUGAAAAAACAUUCUUAAUAAGUUCACAUAGGAUUUAAAUAAUAUUUUUUUUUAUUUUAUUAAAAAAAAAAAAUUAGAAUGUUUAAGAAACCUAAAUUUACAAAUUGUAUAUAACAAAACGCUAACAUUUAUUACUUUUCCGAACAUAGGUACUAUAAAAUAAUUUACUUUAUGGUUGCUAAUAAUUUUGUUUUGCUUGGUACAUCUUGUUAUGUAUUACCUUCUUACUUUUAAAGAUAUUUGUAUAAUAUUAAUUUGAUAUUAUUUUUACUUUAUUGUUAAAUGACCUAAUUAUAAAUAAAUAUAUUAUAUUUUACAGAAAUUAAAAUUGUUAUGGAUUCUUUUCUAAAAACUGGAAAAAUCAACCAAGAUCAACAAUCUACAAGUAGUGGUAUUAAGAAUAAAAAUGAUUUUCGAGGAAUUUCUGAUAGCACUACACCUUGGGUGGAAAAGUAUCGACCUCGUACAGUAGAUGAAGUAUCAGAACAGUCAGAAAUUGUAGCAGUACUAAAACAGUGUUUAGAACAAGGUGCUGAUAUGCCUCACUUAUUAUUUUAUGGACCCCCUGGUACUGGAAAAACAAGUACAAUAAUUGCGGCUGCUCGUCAGCUGUUCGGAGAUAUGUAUAAAGACCGCAUGUUAGAAUUAAAUGCAUCUGAUGAUCGUGGUAUUCAAGUCAUUCGAGAUAAAGUUAAAACGUUCGCACAACUUACAGCUUCUGAUAGACGAGCAGAUGGCCGACCAUGCCCACCAUUUAAAAUUGUUGUUUUAGAUGAAGCUGAUUCAAUGACAGCACCUGCUCAAGCAGCACUCAGACGUACCAUUGAACGCGAGACUAAGACUACUAGAUUUUGCCUUAUUUGCAAUUAUGUGAGUUGUAUUAUAGACCCGCUGACAUCGCGUUGCUCAAAAUUUAGAUUCAAACCUCUGUCACAGAAUGUCAUGCUCUCUCGUCUUGAACAUAUAUGCAAAGAGGAAGGAGUUAUGUGUGUUCCACGAGUGCUAGCUCGAUUAGUUGAUGCUUCUGGAGGAGAUAUGCGUAGAGUGAUCACGUCGCUCCAAAGUACAGCUAGGUUAAAGGGAGAAGAAGGUAUUGAAGAAGCAGAUGUACUAGAGGUUGUUGGCACUGUGCCAGAUAUCUGGUUAGACCGCAUGUUGGAAAUGGGUCGUACUUAUAAUUAUCAAAAAAUGGAUAGUUUUGUGGAAGAACUAAUAUUUGAAGCUUAUUCAGCAGCUCAAGUUUUGGAACAAUUCCAUGAUAAAAUAGUAUUUGCUGUAGAUUUAAAAGAUAAAGAGAAGGCAUUAAUUUGUAAAUCUAUAAGUAUUUGCGCCUACAGAUUGCAAGAAGGAUGUAGUGAAUAUGUUACUCUUUUACAUCUUUUAUGUUCAGUCGCUAAAGCAUUAAAGAAUUAAACAGUUAUUCAUUACUAAGUGUCAAACUAAUUUUAUAUUUUUAUAUAGAUUUAAUAGUAAAAAUGUGCACCUCCCUAUUGUCUUGUAAUACCAGUAUUAAUAUAUUUAUUUUAAUUUGUAUCCCCUUUCAAUAUAAAAGAAAAAAGAAAGUGUUUUAUUAUAAUUUUUUAAUUAAGUUAUAAUUCAUAAAUAGGUUGAUCUUUUUUAUUACAAUAUGUAAAAGUGAAAUAUUCCAUACUAUAUACCACAGUUUUCAUAUUGGAUCUGAAAACUAGUUUCAUUGCUAAUAAUAAUUGUUAUAGAUACUCUAACAUACAAUUUUUGUACAUAUCUAUAAAUUAUACCUUAUAACAACUUUUAUAAUAAUAAUUAUAAAUAGGCAUUGGUAAUCAGGC